CCCUUUUCUUCUUCCUUCCUUACCUUAUAAAAAAUGGCCAACUUAUCUCCUUCCUUCUGCUUGCUUCUCCUGGUCCUCAUUUUCAUUUCAGAGAGAAGAAGCUCGGUGAAUGCAGGUUGCACAUAUGCUGUGCCUGGCGGAGGCUGUCCUGAUGUACAAAAGUGCCUAAAUGAUGUAUGCCGUCCAUGUUACCGUGGCGUAGGCCGCAUUGAAGCGGUGUGCCGUGCUGCUGGCGGUGGCAUCCCCUUCGACGAAUGUCUUUGUAUUUUCAAGAACGGCGCCCCUUGUAACCCACCGGCGCCACCAAAGUGUCCCGGUCCGCCGGCUGUUGUGACUCGAAUUAUCCACAAUCAAAAUUAAUGCUGCUUGUGUGUAGAGUAGAGCAAGGAGCUCUAAAUAGCAUCAAUAAAUGCUGCGCCUUUUAUGUCAGUGUUUAGGUCAGUAUUGUAGUAACUUUGUAUUAAAGAGUAUGAAUAAUA